AUGGUCGAUUUACGGCCAAAGCAGUUAAUAGUCGUGCCGUGUCAUUCCAUAUGGCGUCAGUCUAGCGACACAGCAGAGGAAAAUCUAGGCCAGAAGAGAUCACAUUGGCACUUGGCCGAGUUUCAACAUGAGGGAAAUGACCAUUUGGCCUUUAUUAAACACGCACUCAUAGCAAUUGAAACACUUAUAGCCUCGUUGGAUGUAUCGAUAGUUAUUUUUAGCGGUGGGAAAACCAAGGCAGUAGCGGGUGAAGUUUCCGAAGCAUCCAGUUACUUUUACCUUACCAAGAAGCUGCUACAACGUGUGCAAUGCGGCAAAAGUAUAAGAUGGGCCUUCCCAGAUGCAGCUGAGAUACCGGAACUGUGCCAGAAAAUUAUUGGGAGGUUACAUGAAAAAGCUGGCCUAUCAGUAGAUGCCUUGUUCGCGGAAUACGUACAUCUCGAAGAGUUUGCCUUAGACUCGUUUGAUAACUUGCUAUAUUCUAUAGGGCGCUUCAAGGAGAUAACUAGUGUUUAUCCUUCUAACAUUACCAUUAUAGGUUUCGGGUUCAAGAAGAGGCGUUUCAUCGAAUAUCAUGCUAGAGCAAUUGACUUUCCCACAGGUCAAAUAAAUUACAUAGAGGUGGAACCCACACCGAGCUAUGAUGAUCCAGUUUGGCUGAAAAACUAUUUCGAAACGCUUCGAACGCUUGAGCAUAGAAAUGCACUUGCGCUCUUCCAAAAGGACUGGUAUGCUACUCGGGAGCCUCUGGCAUCCAAGAAAAGCGCAAGAAACCCUUUUAAUGAAAGCCAUCAGUAUCCUCUUCCAUUACCACACUUGGAGAGCCCCGAUUUUCAAAUUGAAAAUGACGCAACAUACUACAAUGCUUCAAUAAAGAGCAAGAUGCCAUGGUCACAAUAA